UUGAUGAGCGAUUAUGAGGUGACACUGGUGAACGACAACAGUAUGCAAGAAUUCUAUGUCCGGUUCAAGGGGCCAAAAGAGACACCAUUCGAAGGCGGCCUCUGGAAGAUACAUGUUGAACUACCGGAUCAAUACCCCUACAAGAGUCCAAGUAUUGGAUUCGUGAACCGGAUAUUCCAUCCCAACAUCGAUGAGUUAUCCGGCUCCGUCUGCCUGGACGUUAUCAACCAGACAUGGUCUCCCAUGUACGACAUGAUCAACAUCUUCGAAGUCUUCCUCCCCCAGCUCCUUCGUUACCCGAACCCAACCGACCCCCUAAACGGAGAAGCCGCGGCGUUGAUGAUGCGGGAACCCAAAUCAUACGAGGCGAAGGUGAAGGAAUACGUCCUCAAAUACGCCUCGAGGGAAGCCGCUGAUGACGCGGGCGAGGACAGCGAGGAAGAGGAAGAGAUGAGUUCGGUUGGUAGCUACGAGUCCGGAGACGACGAGGAACCGGCCGGCAACAUGGAGGUGUAG